CUAUUUAAUCAAACCCCAUCAAGCCUUUAACCAUAGAAAUUCCAACCAAAAUAUCAGGAAGACAAGCAGGAUGCAAAGAUCCGAAGUCUUGGCCCUCGCCGCCGCAGCAGCCACGGCGAUCACGAUCGCCCUCUCCUUCAGCACCGCGGCAGCCGCUCCCGUAGAAUACAUCCGUUCUUCCUGCAAGGUAACCCGCUACCCCGACCUCUGCGAGAAGUGCCUCCUCAACUACACCCCAGCGAUUCAGCGCCGCAGCCCCCGCCAGCUAGCUCACGCAGCCCUCAAAGUAUCCGCAGACCGCGCCUUCGCCGCCUCCGCCUUCGUUCACCGAAUGUCGGCGACCCCCAAGUCCUCCACAGAUCGAAGAACCCGCGACGGCGGCGCUGUGCGCGACUGCGUUGAGACGAUCGACGACUCGGUGGAUCGGCUGCAGCGCUCGGUUAAGGAGAUGGAGCAUAUGGGGCGUUACGGAAGCAUAUCAUUCGGUUGGCAUCUCAGCAACGUACAGACGUGGGUGAGCGCCGCGAUGACGGAUCAGAGCACGUGCCUUGAUGGUCUCUCGCAGGACAAGUCGGCCGCGGCCGCGGCCGCUCGGGUGGAGAUUCACCGGCGCAUCGUGCACGUGACCCGGCUUACUAGUAAUGCGCUGGCGCUCAUCAACCGCCUGGAUCCGAAUAACUGAUUGACUGAUCUGCAGCUCUGGUUAAUGGUGGUAAUAUGUUGCUCUGUGCUUGGUUAGUGCCCUUUUAUGUUCGUUGGAUCUGUGAUAGUUAAUUACCCUGUGAGGUAAUUAGGGUUGAAAUAUAUUAUAUAUAGUUGUAUAUUGAUGUUAUGUGGGAGGUAAUUAUAAGGUUUUGGGUUUUUUUUAUGGU